AUGGACAGGGACAAUUUGAUCCAAGCUCUUGAUGCUUCAACUAGGCCAGAUGACACCAAGAAUGCUACCAUAUUUCUAGAUCAGCUUUGCGAUGAUCGGGAGCUAGAUGGUGUUCGAACAAGAGCUAGGAGAGUACGUUCUACUGCAUCAACGAGCGAUGGGGCUGACUGGCGGAAUUUAUCCGUCCUUCUCUCCGAUGAUGUUCUGCCCCAUGUGCAAGAAGAUCCUGAAAUUAAAGAAGCCCGCGUGAAGAAGCUCAUGAACCGUUGGCGGAAGGCUGCUCGUCGAGCAUAUCGUACUAAAACUGAUCCGUGGAGUAGUUUUCACAUCGAAGAGUACCCUAUACUACGUGCUAAGAGAUCCAGAUAUUCAGCUAUACGAAAGACCUGGACAGAAGAUUAUGUUGAAGUUCGUUUACAUCCGGAACCUUUUGCUCAUGGAGCUAUGAGAGAAUGCUUUCGUUUAAAGAAGCUCAGUAGCUUGGCCACCAGCAGUGAUUGGUCCUUCGCCCAAAAUUACGUCGCCAAGAAAUAUAUUCAAGAAGUCGAUAGAAACGUUUUGUUUGAGGAUGUCAAAUUACAAAUGGAUGCAAAACUUUGGUCAGAAGAAUUCAACCGAUACAGCCCCCCUAAGAAAAUCGACAUUGUUCAAAUGUGCGUCUUGGAGAUUAUUGACCUGCCCGGGGAACCGUUAUAUCAUUUGGAGCAUUUCAUCGAAGGAAAAUAUGUGAAGUACAACUCUAAUUCUGGUUUUGUUUCUGACAUCGCUAGGAAAACGCCUCAAGCCUUUUCCCAUUUCACUUUUGAACGCUCUGGGCAUCAGAUGAUUGUUGUUGACGUUCAAGGAGUUGGAGAUCUCUACACUGACCCACAAAUACACACUGUACUAGGAUCAGAUUAUGGAGACGGAAAUCUUGGAACAAGAGGAAUGGCUUUAUUUUUCCACUCUCACAAGUGCAAUGACAUUUGUCAUUCUCUCUGCCUGACAGAGUUCGAUCUUUCUGACACUGAAAGAAAAUCAGUCGACGAAUCUACCUACGUGAUUAACAAUACACAAGCCACUCAAUUCAGUCGGCAUCCGAGCAGUAAUGCUUGCUCUGCCAUAAUGCAGGGUAUGGAACAAGAUGAUGCAAUGGAAUGUCUACGAGUUCGUACUAUAUCUAUCAGAAGCCGAAAUUCUUCAAGCAGUGGAGGAACUUCUAGGAGAAGCUCAAGAUGUUCGAUGGAUAAAAACAAAGCAAAUCACGACGAUGACUGUGUUUGUGAAGACUGUUUAGCUGAAGUUACUGCUAGUAUUGGGAUCGACUCAUUCCGGGAUGUGGACGAUUUUGAAGAUGAAGAAGACGAUGACGAAGAUUCAGUAAAUAGAAGCACCCAUGAAGAGUCUCCUGAUGAUCCUCCGCAACCUCUACGUAAAGUUGCCGUGCAUAAUCUCCAAGUUCAACGUUCAGAGAGAGAAAGAAGAGUUCGUGAUCGUUACGACAGCAUGGGAAGCUCUAUUGGAACAAGCAGUAUGGGAAGUUCUCGCCUCACCAGAGAGACGGAAAGAGAAAAUUUCUGGAAUGCGAACCGAAAACAAUCAGUGCCUGCAGGAGUCCUCUCAGCAAUCGAACUUCAACAAUUAUCAGAAGAAUGCAACAGAAUGGCUAACCAUACUUUGAUACUCGGACAAAUCCAUUUAGACCUCGCGAGAUACCAUGAGCUCGGCAGAUUUUUACCGGAAGAAGACAACGAGGAGAAGAAACGUGCACUAGGAGAGACUGAUGAUUCAGAAGAUUCAAGAGAAAGCGCAAUUAAAUCGUUGAAGUAUGAUACAAGUUCUGCUUUAUACCAUCUUGACGUUGCCCGUCGCUGUGGAGUCUUGGAAGCCAUCAUCACAGUCGCGCAAAUGGUGUAUGGAGCUCAUCACGAACUUCUAAAGGAUAUUGGACAAGAUGAAAACUGGCGUCAUGACGGUUCUGAUAACACUACUGGAGAAGACUAUGAUCGUGAAGCUUUCGCCUUUGAGUUGAUGGAAACUGCAGCUGAGAUGGGAGAUCGUGGAGCCAUGUUGUUUGUUGCGGAAGCUUUUGAAACAGGCAGAAAAAUGGGAGCUGGAGCUCAACCAAGCUUUCCCAAUGCCAUCUUGUGGUAUCAAAGAGCUGUUGGAUUCAGUGAUGAUGAUUCUGAAGGAACCUACCGUCCUCGAUAUGAAAUUCUAGCACGGAUGGCUGAAAUGUAUCAAGAAGGAGGGUGUGGAUUGACUCAAGAUUUUGAUCGAGCUUACAACCUGUACAAUGAAGCUGCUGAAGUAGCAAUGGAAGCAAUGAAAGGAAAACUUGCUAACAAAUACUAUGAGAAAGCUGAAAUGUGUGCUUGUUAA